AUGGUUCUGAUGGAAGCUAUCUGUGGCAAGCCUGCUUUGGACAUCACUCGUCCAACAGAGCAUCUUAAUCUGGCAAGAUGGGCAUCAAUCUGCCAAGAAAUGGGCACCUUUCAUGAGAUUAUAGACCCAUAUUUGAACUGGAAAGUGAACUUAGAUUCUAUAAACAAAGUAUGUGAAUUGGCUUGGAAGUGCUUGGAGGAGAGACGCAUAAAUAGACCACCAAUAGGUUAUGUGCUGUGUGACCUUGAAGAUGCUCUCCACAUUGAGUUGGCUUCACCAAUUCAGCAAGUUUCUGUGGAUUGUGCCAUCGAAAAUGGAAUGAAAGACGAAAAGUACAUAAACAAAAAGAACUUGCGAUUAGAGUUGAAAGGAAAAGAAGAAGGCCUAGGACAUGAAGCAAAUCUGACUAGAAAAGUUUUAGAGGAUAAGGGCAAGAAGGAGCAAGCUAAUAAACCUGAAUUUAAAGAAAGUGUGGAGACAGAGGUGGUACAAACCAAAGACAAGAAGGAAGAUAAUGAAGUGCAGAGUAAGGAAAUGGAGAAGAAAGAAAAAGAAGCUACCAUAGUUGACAAGACUGAAAAGGUUAAUGGUGGAACAGUAUCUCCACAAAAGAGUGACGGCUUAUCUCAUGCAAUUGUGCUAUAUGGGAGUGUUUCUCCCAUGUCUGAAAUGACACUUGGACUGAAAAGAAUAGGGCUAAAAAGAUCUUUGACUGAUGAAGAUGAGGAGAAGCAUGAGGCUAAGCAAAGAAAGUUAUUCCUUUCUGAUGAAGUAAAUGCUGAUGAAGUUUAA